ACGCAUCUAAUAUUUUUGUGUUUUAGGGUUAGGUUCGGAUAGAGGUUCGGUUGAAGACUUUUAAGCCCAAAGAUAAGCACCUUCCAUGCCCCAUCCACCACCCACCACUACAAAGCAACCCCACUUCUGUUUUUUCUUCUUCUCACCCUUUUUUUUCUUGAGAAAAUAAAGUUUUCCUAGAAAGUUUUUCUCUUUUUCUUUCUGCUAAAACUGGCUCUAAAUGAUCAGUAUUGAUCAAGAAACAACUGUUAGAGAAAUCAAACCAAAAAGCAGAAGAAUCAUGGGAGGACGAGGUCUAGAUGAUGAUGAUGAUAAAGAGGAUGUGAAGUGGCCGCCAUGGCUGCGACCACUGCUUCAAACACCCUUUUUUGUUCAGUGCAAGCUCCAUGCAGAUGCUCAUAAGAGUGAGUGCAAUAUGUAUUGCUUGGAUUGCAUGAAUGGUGCUCUUUGUUCUCUUUGCCUUGCUUAUCACAGAGACCAUAGAGCUAUUCAGAUAAGGAGAUCCUCAUACCAUGAUGUGAUAAGGGUUUCUGAGAUUCAGAAAUUCUUAGACAUAACAGGGAUUCAAACCUACAUUAUCAACAGUGCCAGGAUUGUUUUCUUGAAUGAGAGGCCCCAGCCUAGGCCCGGCAAAGGUGUCACCAAUACCUGCCAAGUCUGCGAGCGUAGCCUCCUUGAUUCCUUCAGCUUUUGUUCUCUUGGUUGCAAGAUCGUUGGGACAUCCAAGAACUUCAUCAGGAAAAAGAAAAUGUGCAAGGAAACAGACGGGUCAGAUGCCGAGUCAUUGAAUGGUGUGAGCAAUGGGAGUUAUACCAAGAGCAAACUACAUAGCUUUACGCCGCCGCCAACAGCCGUUAACUACAGGACUGCCAAAAGGAGGAAGGGAAUUCCUCAUCGAGCUCCAAUGGGAGGUCUCAUCAUAGAAUACUAAUAUUAAUAAGAAAAAUUAUUAUAGCUUUUUUUUCUCCACUGAUAUAGCAAACAAUGUCGACACCUGAGCCUUAUUCCUUUGAGGCCGGUGUUGGAAACUAAAUUAUACCGAUAUUAUUGUACACAGAAAUGGGCAAAAUAAAAACAAUAAUAAUAAUAAAGAAAAAUGUGGAAAAAAAAAAAAGAGAUUAGAUCAAAAUUUAGGACAUGGGUUGGAUAGUAAGAUCAGUAGCUUGAUGUGUAGGCUUUUGAUACUGUUUCUUUUACAGAACUCUUUACUGUAUUGUGGGGUUUAAAAUGUGUAUAUAUUUAUUUUAUAUAUAUAGAAGUUGGAUGUAUUAUAAGAAAAAUGUUCUGUGAAAAUGAAAUGAAUGGAGUGAGUAGACAAUCCAUAAAA